GCGUCCCCGCCCGCCCGCCCGGCCGUCAGCUGAUGGGUCUCCCGCCCGGGAGGCCGCUGCCGCCGCUGCCGCCGCCGUGCGAACAUGGCGGCCGAGAUCCACUCCAGGCCGCAGAGCAGCCGCCCGGUGCUGCUGAGCAAGAUCGAGGGGCACCAGGACGCCGUCACGGCCGCGCUUCUCAUCCCCAAGGAGGACGGCGUCAUCACGGCCAGCGAGGACAGAACCAUUCGAGUGUGGCUGAAGAGAGACAGUGGUCAGUACUGGCCCAGCAUUUACCACACGAUGGCUUCCCCUUGCUCUGCUAUGGCUUACCAUCAUGAUAGCAGACGGAUAUUUGUGGGCCAGGAUAACGGAGCCAUCAUGGAAUUUCACGUUUCUGAAGAUUUUAAUAAAAUGAACUUUAUCAAGACCUACCCAGCUCAUCAGAAUCGAGUGUCUGCGAUCAUCUUCAGCCUGGCUGCAGAGUGGGUCAUCAGCACGGGCCACGACAAGUGCAUCAGCUGGAUGUGCACCCGCAGCGGGAACAUGCUCGGGAAACACUUCUUCACCUCCUGGGCUUCGUGUUUACAAUAUGAUUAUGAUACUCAGUAUGCUUUCGUUGGCGAUUAUUCUGGACAGAUCACCCUGCUGAAGCUUGAACAGACCUCCUGUGCAGUUAUCACAACCCUCAAAGGGCAUGAAGGGAGCAUCGCCUGCCUCUGGUGGGACCCUAUCCAGCGGUUACUCUUCUCGGGAGCGUCUGACAACAGCAUCAUCAUGUGGGACAUCGGAGGAAGGAAAGGCCGCACGCUCUUGCUGCAGGGCCACCAUGACAGAGUGCAGUCCCUAUGCUACCUCCAGCUCACACGGCAGCUCGUCUCCUGUUCCUCGGACGGCGGAAUUGCAGUGUGGAACAUGGACGUUAGCAGAGAGGAGGCUCCUCAGUGGUUAGAGAGUGAUUCUUGUCAGAAGUGCGAGCAGCCCUUUUUCUGGAAUAUAAAGCAGAUGUGGGACACAAAGACACUGGGGUUGAGACAGCAUCACUGCAGGAAGUGUGGCCAGGCCGUGUGCGGCAAGUGCAGCAGCAAGCGCUCCACCUACCCGGUCAUGGGCUUUGAGUUCCAGGUCCGCGUGUGCGAUUCCUGCUACGACUCCAUCAAAGACGAGGAUCGGACCUCUCUAGCAACCUUCCACGAAGGAAAACAUAACAUCUCCCACAUGUCCAUGGACAUUGCCAGGGGACUGAUGGUGACCUGCGGGACCGACCGCAUCGUAAAGAUUUGGGACAUGACGCCCGUGGUGGGCUGCAGUCUGGCCACCGGAUUCUCUCCGUGCUGAGCCGGGAGCCGGGCGAAGCCUGCACCUUCCCAGAGGCGCCCUUCACCAGAUGCAGCCGCCCCCCUCCCUCCCUGGGGCGCCACCGUCACCGUCACGGGAAUGGACAGUAGCCACUAAAAAAAACAAAGCAACAUUUUUUAAAAAGAAAAACAUGCCGGGUGUGUUUUGGGGCAUCUGUGGCCGGACCUCGGGGACGAGCGUGGAGAAAGUUUGUCGGCAGGGGUUCCCUGGGGAGAGGAGUGACCUCAGCAAGGCUCCCUCGUCUACAGUGACCUCGUGUGUGCUGAAGGCGCAGGUGGGCAGAUGCGAGUUUUAGGGGGAAAACCAUUGAACAAAAAGCGUUAAUGCUUCGGACUUUGGUAGGGCAGUCCCGAGCGCGAGCACCCUCCCGCCGUCAGGCUCGCAGGCCCUCUGCGGAGCUCUGUCGUCAGAGCAGGGGUGGGGGAGACGUGCUCGCCCCGUCCGAGGGCUGCGGCAGGAGCUCCAGAGCCCAGAUCUCUCCCUCACUGUCCGGGUCGGAAGGUCCCCGGGCACUUAGUUAUUGACAGACUUUUGAAGGGUCUCUGCCCUCGGCGGGUCAAGCUGUUCCUGCACUUGGUGUUUGGCACGUUCAGUGGCCCCUCCUCCCAGACAGCGUGUCACAGGCGAACCCUCACGGUUGUUACUCCAUGAGCUGUCAGACUGCUAGGCUAACCCGGGCGGCACACAGCUCUUCCUGCCGCCCCCCGCCCCCCGCCAAAUGCGCUGAGGACACAACGUAUUCGUGGUGCUGUUAACGUGGGGGUCGCACGAGCCGCCUGACUCUCUGGCCGCAGUCAGAAACGACUAACGGAAGAUGGAACACCCACCCGGCUACCAGCGUGACCGCGAGGGGAGAUGAGCGUUCUGUUCCACCGAACAGCCCAGUCCUCCUCCAAGACGCGUUCGGUUUGUAGUCCCAAGAUGAGCCCCUGUGACAUUGCGGCAGGUUAAUACACACCGCAGAAGAGCCCUGCAGAGCUUUGGACACUGCGCGGCCUCUCUGCUGUAUGGGAUACUGGCGGUAUCUCGUAGAAGGGAAUUGGUAACCCAGAGCGGUAAUUGCCAGCCCGGGUCCUGCACCGCAAUUCCCAACUUGUACCUCGCUUUCUUAACAGCUGGCGGAUUCUCUUGUAUCAGACGACGUUGUCCAAGUUUGUGGCCACUUAGGACGAGGAUGGGGAAGAGGGGGUGGAAUGGGGAGCCUGUCUUUUAAUAUUCCAGUAUUUAUUUCUCAGAUUGUUUGUUUUUACAGCCGUACACGUACCUAUUACUUUAGGGCUAUACAAGCGAGUGGAGAGAGACCUACCUUCCUGAAAGGCAGAAUGUAAAGUAGAUAGCGAGAGCGUUUUGUUAGUCUUACUAGUGAAUACUGAUAAAAUCUACUGCCUCACCGUGUUGGGAUCAUAUCAAGACAGCGUGGAGGUUCGGCGUGAUACGACCAGGGGACUAAACCUGUUUUUUCACAACUGAGAAGGACAGUUAAGGCAGGCGGUUUAACUCAAGAUGUCUUAAUGGCCAAGUGACACAAAUAAUACGGAAAGGAGGUCAGGCACCUCGUAUUCCAGAAAGAUCUGCAUUAAAAUGGACUUGCCUUCAGAAAUACGACCCCUUAUAAUUUUUGUGUUAUAUCACCGUUAAUAACUUUCCUUAAGCUCUUUACAAAAUGUAUGAUACUAACACAGCCUGGAAGAAAACUUGAGGUAUGGGAUCUUAACAGGCAGCAUUGAAUGGUAGCUUUCAUUCAGUUAGUGGUCCAGCUCGAACAAAGGUGCUAUCCUAGGGAUUUCAUGAAGUCCCGAAAGGAAAAUAGUAUAUGAUCUACUUCUUGCCGUGGUAAAGAGUACCGAACUGUGGUUUUGUUUGCCUUUAACUUCUGUAAAAUGUGGUUUUUACAAUGUCCAUGGUAGACAGCACAAGAUCACGCCAUAGUUUUCAGCCUUUUUUACCUUCAAAAAUUCUUCCUGGAAAACCCGGUGUUCUAUAGAGGUUGUAAGGCUGUGAGAGCACCUGCUAAGGGGUUAAGCUAAUAUAAACCAAGGAGGAAAGGCGUACCGAAGGAAGAACUGGAGAGGGGCAUCCGGAAAAAGAAAGAAUGUUCCAAUCGACUUUUCUCUCCACUGGAACCUGUUACCACUUUUCUUUUUAAAAACACACAUGGCAGGCUUGUCUUGUGUCACACUAGGGAGCAAAUGGGGUAAUAUUUUUAUAGAGGCGGGCAAAAAUUAUUUUCUCACUUCUGCUGACUGGGCACAUAAGGAAAAUACAGCUAGACUGCCUUAUUUUGACUGCGUUACUCUUAAACGGGUCACUUGAAAUAGUUCUUCAAGUUAACAGUUUAUGGUUUUUCCAUUCCUGAAUACUCACGCUAAUUUCUACAAAUAGGGAUUAAAAAGUACAGAUUGUUAGAGGAAAAUCCUUAUGUUUAGAUCUAGUUAUGUACGUACUAAGGAAAUGUCAAUUCUUCAUUCUAGAUGUGUUCUAAAAUUGCCCUUUUUAAUGCAAAUGGUAGAAACAGCUGCGUAGCAUUAGCCGGAAACAUAAUUCAGCGCACUGUAAGUCCUACUUCUGUCCUGCCUGGAGGAUGUAAACAAAAAAUAGUGCUCUCGAAUGCGUCACUUGGUUCUCUCCCUAAAGAUUUCAAUUUGCUAGUACCUACGUUUUUAAACUGUUGAAACUGGCCUGAGUAUGUGAGAAAUACCAUAGUGACUCAGACCCAAGGAUAUCUUUUCUAAAAAUGAGCUUUCAUUAAAUUACUUUCUACUUCCAUUACUGGAUCUGUUGUCUCUUAAAAUGUAAGGAACCAGUUACUAUUAAUGAUAAACCAUCUGCUCGUUAUCAAUGUGAGGUUUAACAAAUAAGUAAUACAUACUCUAUUUAUUCCAGUGUCUAUUGCUUAAUUGUUAAUUGUGAGCAGAUUAUUGAAUGCCUACUCUAUUUUCUGUAGUUUAUAUACAGUAACCCUUUGAGUACAUUGAGGUUUAAUUGUGCAACAAAUUUAUAUUAGAAUACAAUUUAAAGUGUUUUACUCUAUAGCCUUUGUGACUGGGGAAGCAAAGGGCAAUGUCGAUUAGUACAUUUUGUCUUGUACUAGCUAUGUUUCUAUAUAAGAGACAGUGCCAUGUGUAUCCCAGAGAGUUAGAAAACUUCAUUCCUUGCUCCUGUUUGUGGGUUCUGGGUUUUUGUGUUAUUUUUGAGAAUACGCAUACACAAUAAAAUGCUCCUUGCUUGUUA